AUGACAUUCACCAGCUUCUUUAUUCUAGGAGGUAUGAGCAAUACAACGAUGGAUGGCGUACAAUUGACCGAUUCUAUCAAUGUUUUGAAUAAGAAUAUUACGCUAUAUGUUUUUGGUUCCAUUUGGAUUAUGGGAAAUAUUGGAUCAAUUUUGACUUGCAUCGUUUUUCAUCGGCCACAAUUUCGGAAGAGCCCAUGUGCGAUAUACUUUUUCGCCGCCAGCUGUUCACAAUUAUUGCUUUACAAUUUUUCCUUGUUAAAUCGAAUACUACAAUAUGGUUUUAAUGAACAAACAGCACAAAGAAAUCUUUGGUUUUGUAAGAUGCGCUUCUACUUUCUAUAUCUUCUUAUGGCUAAUGCACGUUACAACAUUAUUCUAGCUUCAGUUGAUCGCUAUAUCGCUAGCUCUCGAGAUGCUCUUCGUCGUCAAUGGAGUUCAUCGAAAACUGCAUUUCGAGCAAUUGUUGGUAAUGCUCUCUUUUGGACUAUCGUGUAUAUUCAAGUGAUCGUUUUUUAUGAAAUCGCAAAUAACAGUUGUCAACCUCGAGCAGGAACUAGUGGUGUAUAUUUUAGCAUCUAUAUUACCAUCGACAAUGGCAUUCUUCCAUUAAUUUUGAUGCUCAUUUUCGGUUUGCUAACCGCUAAGAAUGUACGUCGAAUAGGCUCGAGGCGUGUUGAGCCUGUCGCUCGUAAUGCGCACGCAGGUGGUCAACCAAUCCGAGUGAAGGACAUAUCGAGGAAAGAUAGACACCUUCAGAAAAUGUUGAUCAAUCAAAUUAUUGUCUCCUUGUUUCUUAACAUACCAAAUCCGUGUUUUCUUCUCUACGAAACGAUUACUGGAAGUACGUAUAAGUCAGUGGCACGUCUUCAAAUAGAAGCAUUCGUCAGCAAUAUGACGUAUAUUCCACUUUAUCUUGGCUUUGCGUUGACCUUCAGUAAUUUCAUGAUUUCAUCAACGAUGUUUCGACGAGAGUUUUUCACUAUCAUCCAGACAAGGAUACUUCGACGAUUGCCAGUACGACUUGCAAAUAAUGAUCCAGUUACUGUACGAAAUGGGACAGAAAACGUUGUGGAUCAUCUUUCUGAGAAAAAUCGGUGA